UUGGCAUGACAUUUAUCAUGGAAACAUAUUUUGUCUGUUAGUUAUGCCUUGAUGCUGUGCCCCGCUGAUGUGCACAAGACAUAAGCAACCGAGCGCCGACAUGUGUCACAACCUUCCCUAUGUGUAUAUUUUUUAUACUUUGUGAACGGGGGGAAGCAAGUCAACCUUCAAAAGUACACGACCUAGGAAAAUAAAAUAAUGUAUGCUUUUGUUCGAUUCUUUGAAGACGAUAUGUGUUGCGCGUUGCCUGUUUCCAACAUCCAAGAUUUCAGCCCUGAACACGGAUCCGAUUUCGAUCAUCAAAAGGUGUAUGUGGUUCGCAGGGCUCGAGAGAAUGGCAGCUCAGGCCAGCCUUGCGAGGCUCACAUUCUUGCCCUUGCAGAUACUGUAGAGGACUUUGAGAACUUGAUAAUGCAAAAGAAGAUGAAAAUUCCCAAGAUGUCAAUCAAGAAUUCGGGAAAUUCAAUUGAGAACAGUUAUGGGGAGGAGAGGAUGCCUCUCAGGCAUAAAAAGGCCCUAUCUCAAGACCAUGGACGCCCCAUUUCAAACUCCUCCAAAAGUUUGGCAGCAGUUGUUGCUCGUCUAGAAAGAAAUGCCGCCAACUCCUGUAUGGAAGGUGAAGAGGAUCUAGAUGAGGAGCGACUUGCUGAGGAGGGAGAUGAUGCGGAUGACGAAGAUGAAGAUAUGGAAGCAGAACAACAGGAGCACCUUAAUUUCCAUCAACAGCAGCAACAUCUUGAAGUGGACACGGACGUGGCUGCUGCAGUGGUUCCUCGCGUCCUUUACGAGGAGCUGGUCGUCAGCUAUAGGCAACAGGAGGAGGAGAUGAGGAGGCUGCAGCAGGAACUGGAAAAGACCCGUCGGCAGCUCAUGCAGCAGACCAAGAAACUCAAGGAAUAUGGCAGCCUACUGACUGAAGUCAAAGAACUCAGGGACUUCAAUCGACGGCUGCAGGAUGUGCUUCUCAUGAGGCUAGGCAGUGAGCCUAUGCAUGACAAUGGCACUCAGACAAUCAAGGCUGAGGUGGUUGAACCCAUUGUGGAGACCCAGGAAACAUUCAAAGAAGAAGCCAAUACCAGUUCCAGCUACUCACCAUCUCCUAAGACAGUCUACCCAUGCAGCGAUGGCAAGGUACACCUUGGUGGUGGGAUCUGGGUGGAGGAGGAGAAGUGGCACCAGUUGCAGCGCACCCAGGGAGACUCCAAGUUCACAAAGAACUUGGCUGUCAUGAUCUGGGGUACAGAAACCCUCAAAAACCGUAGCGUGACUGGAGUAGCUACCAAAAAGAAAAAGGACGCCCUUCCCAAACCUCCACUCUCACCCAGCAAGUUAAAAAUUGUCAGAGAGUGUCUGUACGACCGUGUGUCCCAGGAAACAGCUGACAGUGCAGAGAUAACACAAAGAUUGUCCAAAGUGAACAAAUACAUUUGUGAGAAGAUCAUGGAUAUCAACAAGUCCAUUAAGAAUGAGGAGCGGCGGGAGUCCAAGCUGCUCAUCAGACAAACAGUCAAGAUGGAAAACUUUAACUAUGACGGCAUGUAGAAAUCAAGUGUUCUUCUGCACGGCCUCCCCAGCCAUCCCGUGGUCAAACAAUAUGGAGGGGGGUCAAUUUAGGCCCUGUUGAGAUUUUUAUUCACAGUCUCAACGGAACUACUAUUCCUUCAACUCAUCGGAUUGGUUAUGAUGUGAAAUAUAAAAGGCCCCUUUUUAAAACCAGCACCUUCCUCGCAGCCCAGUUUUCCCAUUAUGUUACAGACAGCUUUACCCACUAGCCAGAUAGGAACAAGGUGGAAGUUUUUUAUUUUUAUUUUUUUCUUUGGGAUGGGGUGUCGUAACCUUAAGGGAUCGGUACAAAGAAAUGAUUUGCCUUGGUGUGUGUGCAUUUAGAGAUUGUGAAAUUUAUUUAUUGUUCUGUGUCAGAACAUCACUGAGAGUCCUUUAAGCUUUUAAAAAGUAAAAGUUGACUUACCUGGAUAAAAAUUAGUCACUGUGUGGUGGGAAACGAGCGACUGUUAGAACUGUUUCAGCUUUUUGUGUGAUUAAAACCAUUGGAGAAGCGAGCAUCUGUAGUUGGUACUACACUGGUGCUCGAUUUAGUUUGAUCAAGUCUUAUUCAGUAGCAGACAUUGUCGACUGCAACAGACAGACUCUUGCUGCAAGAGAUUUUUUUUGGCCGUAGCUUUUAGGUUAGUCACAACGCAUUGUGCUCCCCAAUAUUUAGUAGGAUGCACAAAAAAGUACUUCAAACUAAAUGACAGAUUUCAUCAAAAUGUCUAAAGUCAAAAUAAAGGGGAUUAAUUAAUGGUGCACGAAUUUUUGGCCAAAACAAAAGAGCAAAUGAGGAAUACAAAGCUGAACAUCAAAACUGUAUUCCAAGUUAGUUUUCUCUCGUUUGACAAAUUGUGAGCUCUACGGUUCCUUUCGAGUUGAUGAUCACCUAAAAUGAAGGCAAUUUGUUGUACAGUCUUUAUGGCCAAAUUGUCCUAUUUAAAUUUUCUGUAGAAGAAAGACACAUUAACUAGCAUCCCCCUACAGUAGAAUCCUUGUGUUAUGUUCUUUCGAUCCAAACAAACAGUUUGUUCCAAAUGAAAAAGGGAAAAAAUUGUGGACGGUGAUAGUUCCCACUGGCUGGCGUCGUCCAGAUACUGUAUGUUGCGUCCCGGCUCGAAAGGACGAAGAAAAUGUUAGAUUUGAAGCUAGGUUUAUGUACACCUAGCUUGGCUAAAAAGAAUAGCUUUUGUGGAGGUUGGUACCUGCUCCCCUUGCUGCUGUUAUAGCAACCUUCUUUAUUCAGGGACAAACAAUAGGAUGGGAGUGGUCAGGAAAGUAACAUAGAACAUAGAAUAGAAUACAUAGACUACAGUGGGAAGUAUUUUCACAAAAAAAAAAUAAUAAUAACAAUUUUGCGGACAGCUGUAUUAGUACUAAGUAGGAAGAUACAAUACUUUUAAAAAAGCAUUACUUGGAUUUUUUUUCCCACAAAUGUUUUAGUCAAACCCCAAGUACAGUUUUCCACUUGAAGGGACUUUCCCAUGCUUUUCAGUGCUUAGACUCCUUUCAGGGGUCCUUCUAAAGCCAUCUUUAAUGGAUUUUAUUUGGUAAAACUGUUUUAUUCUAAGGAUCCCUAGUAGCAGUAUGUACAUGUUUAUGGAUUGUGGUUUCUUUGUACAAUUUUCUGAAAAGGCAGACAUAGACAUAUGGUUGAGUACUGGUUAGUUUGACUUUACAAUUGCUAUCUUAAAGCAACUGAGCACAAGAAAUGUGAUUUUCCUUUGUGUUGCUGACUCUUAAUCAAAAUACAGUAAGGACUGUUGAAGUAACUGAGGAGCAGAAAAGGCCUUAAAUGGUUUUGGCAAUCACCAGGGCGCAUCAUGCCCUUGGCUUUUUUUUUUUUUGUUGUGAGCUGUGAUUGUAGUUGAAGCUGAAGUCUUGGCACUUCACCUGCACUUUGCUCUGAGAAUGUAAGAGUUGGCUAUAGGUACUGUUACGAGUGCGUGUGGAGUCUAGCCUGAGCAGGUACUCGACUGUGGUGGCCGUCGCUCAGGUAGUCUUGUGGGAGAAAUAGUGUGGGUAAAGCUGUCUGAGACAUGACUGUUUUUGGUGAUUUAUUGUGAAGCCCACAAUAACCCUAUUCUUAAGACAUGUCAUUGGGGGGAACUAAGUAUGGCAACCCUAAGGACAUUUAAGCUUGUGCUUUGUUCGUUUUUUUGUGUGUGUUUUGCGUGUUGUUUUGUCCCAAAGUGUUUUAGCGGCUGUUGGCCUGCUGAAAGGAAAUCUUGGCGAUCGAAAUCUCAAGUGUGACCCAACAGAGGAAAAACUGUGAAUCUGCUGCAGACUGCCUGUCAAGCCUUUGCUCCUCCUCACACUUGUAUAUUUGUUGCCAUUUAGUUUUUCUCUGUCCAUUUUUUUUCUUCUAUUCUAAAGUUCAGCUCGGCCUUUUGUGAAGCUACCUUUGCGUUGUAGACAUCUUGUCACGUGUUUUUUUUUUUUUUUUUUUUUUUUCCUUGGGGCAGGGGGUGGUAUUUUGCAGUUUAGUUGUAAAUGUAAUGGACAACCAUGUAAUUAUUAUGUAUGUUUAUCUUUUUAUAUAUUCUUUGUUGUUUUCCUUAAGACUUGUUGGCGUUAGAGCGUAAUGCAGAGCCCUUAAAAAGAACAAACAUCUCCCGAGCCAAAGUGAUCAGUGAUGCAAAGCCGGAGGUAUUAUUAGAGAGGCGUUAUGUUUCAUCGGAUGAGAAGCCUCACUCUUAAUGUAAUCUUGUAAGUUGACAAGGUGACAAAUCAUUCACAUCAAAUGCACUUUAACGUCAAUUCGUCAGUCUUUGAAUGCCUCUUUAAGUAGUUUUCGUUUUUAUGUUUAGAUUUAAAAUUAAGGCCAAACAAUCAAUUUAUUGACUUGAUGCACCUUAAAAAGUUUUGAUUGUGAUUGACGAGGUGUUUUGUCGACACUCUUGACAAUGCUGAACAGAUAGCUUGAUAAUUAUUGCCCAAAAGAUUUGUCACGUUAUUAAAACUGGACUUUGUGAUAGGAUGUUGGUUAUGUGAGAUCAUAUGUGAUCAUGUCUUAGUUUUCCAAAUACAGUCAAUGUGAGCCAAAGUGUUGAUUACAAAACAAAAUGCUGGCAAUGGUCAGUGUUUGCACAUAUAAAAAAAAAAAAAAAAAGUUAAUUGACUGCUGAGUUGAUUUGGACGGUUUAUUUACUAACAAAACAGCAGCAGUAAAACAGUCUUUCAGCUUAUUCUGUGUGUCGCAAACAUGUUCCAUCCCCAAAAUUAUGUUGCAUUUGUGAGACCACGGAAACAGAAUUGCUUUGUUCUGUGCCCACUAUGACUGAGAAAUGUGAACAAUUCCACCAAAACAAGACACUUGUUGAAAUUUGAAGAUUUGCCUUUAUUGUGCUUUUCAUGAGCUUUCCUAAGAUAUUUGAUGAUCGCAUUGGCGAAGUAACGUUGGGGAUUUUUUUCCCCCUCAAUGCUUAAGGUAGAUUUACUCAGAAAGGCACCCUCAAAUACAGUUUAAGAAUGCAACCUUUAACUCAUUCACUCUCAGCCGUUUUUCACAGGACAUCACCUUCUUAAAAGCAUCACAGAAUAUUGUUAUAUGCUGACGUGAACACUGAACUUACAAAAAGAAUCAUUCAUCAUUAAAAAAAAAGGUUUCUGUGCUUUCGUUCUUUAGUUACGAGAAGUUGAACAUCACGAACAACAUUGUUCAUACGCCUAUGGUAGUGAAUGAGUUAAAUGACAUUUUCUGAGGUGAGAUGUUAUAUGUAAAUAGUAAACAAAAAAUAUGACGGCAUCACAUCUUAGUUUGACACUGAGAAGAGUCUGUUUUCAGUGAGAUGGCUCAAAUUUCAGCUUUUGUUCAUCCUUGUACUAAUAUCCGUACAAAAUGCAUUUGUACAAAUCGUCUGCAUAAUUGGCCAGGGUAUAAUUUUAAUGUUUUGAGAACAACACAACUGAACAAACAAAUGCAGUUUCCUCAAUGCAUGACUGUAACAGUACGGUAUUGGCCCGGAUAUAAGACUGCCCUGAUUAUAAGACGACCCCCUCUUUUUCAAGACUCAAGUUUGGAAAAAAGAAUUUGAACACCAAAUUAAUUUUUAUACAGAAAAUAAUUACAUUACAUCUGAAACAAAUGAUUAUAUCAAUAUAUUUGAGAGAUAAAGCAUGUGUUUGCCUCAUUCAAAUCUUAAUAUCUGAACAUUUAAAUAUGUAAACUAAAGUUCAGUCACAUUCGUAAAUGAAUGGCUUCUGGUUUUUGAAAUGUAAAUAAACCAAUCCAUUGUGAUAAAACAACAAAAUUGCAAUAACAGCAUUAACCAUCAAAGUGAAGUCUAACUGUAACUGUAGUCUUGAAACAUAUCUGAAUAAGGAAAAUCAUUGCAAUAAAAUAAUGCAAACUGGUUAAUCUAGUAGCUGAGAUCUGUCAUGACAGAACAUCGCUUCAAUGAUAUCUGGCGUCAUCUAGCGUCAUGAAUGGGUAUAAUGUCUUGACCGCCAAUAUAAAACAACACCCUCUUUUUCAAUCUUAUUUCAGUGGAAAAAAAAAAAAAACGUGUAAAAAACACCGUCUUAUAUUCGGGCCAAUUCGGUAUAUACAACCCGAGUCUGACAAUUAUCCUAUUGGGCAAGUAAAGUAAAGGCCCUACCCCUAUUUGAUGCUUCUUUUUAAGGAACUACGCUUUUUGAAUGAAAAGAUGUGCAGAAGCAACUUUGCGUGAAUUUCCAUAGUGCCGUCACGUACCAUUUCUUUCUUUCUUGUUUGAUGCCAAAAGCAGUCUGUGUAAAAACAAUUCUUUAUGAGCUUUCACCUUUUCAGAGGAUGGUGUCCUUCCUAGCUUUUUGAUUUGUAUACUGAGAUGUUUAGUAUUUGAAACCAGAUUCAGCUUUAACUGGACUCUCAAUCAAGCACUGCUGGAUAGGCGAGGAAGUUUAACCUCAGCAGCUCUCUGUUUCCUUUUCUGUGCCACUUCCAGUUGCUACACAAAAUCGUACUGGUGUUUCAAAAAAAUCUGCAAAGAUAUAGACAAUUCUAAGGUCUUGGCUGCACGCCUCUUAGCGUUUUGGCCGCUUGGUGUACAUAGGAUGGUAAUGUUUGGGCCUCACAGACAAUGCUGGGAGGAAAGCAUUGUUUGCUCUCUAUUUUUGAUUACGGUAACAGUAACUUUGUAUACGAUCCACAAACCGGUUCUACUUCAUCCAGUUUUUCACCGCCCUACCUCAUUGUUACUCCGGUGUUUGUUCGUCAGUGACUCUUUAAAGUCUGCGUGUAUAGUCAAAAGAAAAUCUAUAGUAAAACGCUUUACCUGGUUACUCAACAUGUACAGAGUAUAUAAAUAUCAAUGUAUAUAUCUUCUAAAACACCUCGAUUCACGUUCUCAUUCUUGGAAAAAGGAUGCGUUUCUUGAGCUGCUUCGUUGAGGAUGCUGCUGUGCGUCGAGGGGCCGAAGCCGGCCAUCUUGUAAUCUGCUCUUGGCUACGUAGUGCAGUCGCUCCCGUGCUCGUGUUUUGUGUCUGUGUUGCGUCUGGAGAUUUUUACUGGUUGACGGUGCUACCAGCAAACCGUUCUAUACGGACCUCAAAUGGUGCUGUUUUUCUAUGUUUUUAACCCUUACGGAGGAUGGGUUUGCGUGAUGUCUUCAGGCGUGCGACCACACCGCUAGUCCCUCAACUCUUUGGUGAAAAGCAAUCCAAGCCAAAACGCUUUGCAAAAUGUUCAAUCUUUGCUGUUACUGUGUCGCGUGCGUGCUAUCCGCCCAAAUACUGUUUUCUGCUUAGUUGUGAGUCUCACAAGUACCUCAGAACCUGUUGAUUUUAAAAGUGUGUGUCUGCUUUCAAGGCAAAUUUGCUGCCUAUGUUUUAAGCGUGUUUGUAAUGUUUGGGGAGUUCUGGACCUUUUGUAUGUAUUGGUAUCAUCACCGAAUUUCAAUUUUAAAGAGAAUUGAUUGCAAUGACCGGUUGGUGCCUUGAGGUACGAGUUAUGAACGUUGUCACAAAACUAUUAUAAGUCAAAAUCAGUAAGUUUCACCCAAAAAAAAAGGAUCUGUAAUUUAUUUUUUAAUGAUAUGGAAUUUUACUUAAUUUAAAAGAAAAAUCUAAGGUGUAAUUGAAUCAAAUGAAGAAAGAAAUGUUUAUAUGUUCGCUUCAAUUUGAUGGGUAUGGAGCUGCUCCCUCUGAUUUCCACAUCUUGGCCACCUGGGGGCAGUAAUAAAGACAAGGUUAUACAGUUGCAGUAAUAUCAGUUGUUCUUUGCAGACCAUAAAUAAGACUAAUAUCACUAUUGCUGUACUGUUCUUUUUUUGUUGAGUUUGACAGUAAACUUCGACUGGGAGUGGGAAUAAUGGUGCCAAGCCUGUCUUUGAAGACUUUCUUUUACACCAUUUGUUGUGAAGUCAGUUGAACUCACACAAAUGACAGCCCAUAUCUAGAAAUUAUUCACGUUAGCGCACUCAUAUCUCAAUGCACCACUGCUUGAAAAAAAAAUAAGAGCAAAAAAUGUUUGAUCAAUGUGGCUGUUUGUGGCUUUUUUGUGUUUCCUGUGCACUUUUCCCUGGUUGCUGUGUUUAAAAUGUUUCACCAAUUUCAUUCAACAUUUCAUUCAACAUCUUUUCUUUUAAUCAUGCAAUUGUCAGUAUCAAUGUAGCAGUUAGUACAAUGCUGUCAAACUGUGAACUGAAACUAUUAUUUCUGGAACUGGUUUAGGUUAAGAAUUGGUUUAGUCAAGAAAAUUGGCAAUUCAGUUUUAUUUUGGGAGAUUUUCAGAUUUUAAGGGUUUUUUUUUUUUUUUUUUUUUUACUUGCAUGUGUUUUAACUAGGGAUGGGAUUUUGGAGUACAGUUUUUUCAGCGGCUGUGGCUCGAAUUAACCAGAAACUUAGCGAUCGCCCAUCCUUGGUUAAAAAAAUAAUAAUAAUGUGUUCACUGUUCAGUCAUUUUCUUUGCAGCACUUAAGCCAUCCACGGGACUGUUUGGUACAAUCAUAACUAUUUUAUGAUUGUUUCUGUACAAUCUUGACGUCACGUCCGAAAGAGACGCUAUCGUCAUGGUGACUCCCGACUUUUACCGCCAUAUUCAUUGUCAGUAAUGAAUUGAACUGUGCUGUAAAAGCCUCUUUGGGUUGAAAUACAUUGCCAUGUUCUUCAGGCAAGACAGGGUAAUUAAUGUACGGUGUUCCAGUCUGUCGAUAUGAUCAUGUGAAAGACAUUCAUGAGUUCAUUUACCAAUCCCUCAGCCUGCUUUAGCCUUCCAGAGGCAACAUUCUAUAUAGGCAAUAGUGUGUAUAUACAGUAUGUCCUCGCUCAACCGGCCACACCUCUGCUAUGCUGGCAAGAUGCUUAGCAUCCUCUUUAUUGUGUCUCUUGCUGCAUUCAGGAACAUGUGUUUAAUGUAGAGAUAAUAAAGCAAAAUAAAUCCAGACUUUUAUUCUAUCAGCA